ACACUCCGAUCUCAAAUUUCGUUGUACAGGAAAAAGCAAAGAGCUUUGUUUCCAAAGAGAGAGAAAUCCCGACCCGGAAUCUGACCCGAAAACCCGGAAGAAUCUGAAAAAUGGGCAAGGAUGGUCUGAGCGACGACCAGGUCUCGUCGAUGAAGGAGGCUUUCAUGCUCUUCGACACCGAUGGCGAUGGCAAAAUCGCGCCGGCUGAGCUCGGGAUCCUCAUGCGAUCCCUCGGCGGAAACCCGACCCAGGCCCAGCUGAAAUCCAUCACCGCAUCGGAAAACCUCUCGUCGCCGUUUGAUUUCAACCGAUUCCUAGAUCUCAUGGCGAAACACCUGAAGACGGAACCUUUCGAUCGCCAGCUCCGCGACGCCUUCAAGGUGCUCGACAAGGAAGGUACGGGGUUCGUGGCGGUGGCGGAUCUGAGGCAUAUCCUCACCAGUAUCGGAGAGAAGCUGGAGCCUAACGAGUUCGAUGAGUGGAUCAAGGAGGUUGAUGUUGGAUCCGAUGGGAAGAUCCGGUAUGAGGAUUUCAUAGCCAGGAUGGUCGCUAAGUGAGAUCUAAGUUUGGAAUUUGAAUUUUUGAAAUUUGGAUUCGAAUUUUUAUUUGUUUUUACUCUUGUCUGUUGAUUCGAGCGAAUCCUAGGGAUGUUUGCAAUUGGGAAUUGCUCUGGGAUAGUGUACUAACUUUAUUGUUCUUCCUGUUUGUUUCCUUUCUAAUGGAAAUGUUGUGUGGUGAUUCCUACUUUUUAUUCCAAGAAUGUUUAAAGCU